UAUCAUUGAAAGUAUGACUAGUCAACCUAUGUGACAGAAAAUGCGAGUGAGGACUAACAUAACUUGAAAUUUAGCUCUACUGAACGAUCUAGUGAUGGAAACAAUUACUUUGAUGUGAAAGUUGCAAGAUCUUCAGAAGCCACUAGGUAAACACGAUGUUUAGAUAAUGCGUUAUAGGUAAACAUCGUAGGAUAUGUAUGUAAAACUGUAAACAAUUAUAACCCUGACAUUAAGGUGUUUCAAUUCACUAUAAAUAGUAAUAAUAAAAAAAUUGUAGGAAUCAAUUAUAAUCUAAAAUGACUGACGAGGCCAUAAUCAAAAACAACCUACUUCGAUACUUACAGAAAGGCUGUCUACUUAAUCUGUUCACUACUCGAAAAAAUCAUUCUAGCCUGUAGAACUAGAGCAAAUAUAGUAAAAAUAUGUAUGAAGCAAAGAAAAAAAAGAUUGUGUAUCUGACGGUGCAAAGAAGCAUAGAGACCACGCAUUCUAUUUCUCUUUAUCUGUCUUGUAACAGUGUUCUUACAUUCUUAGAAUAAAAGAAGUACAGUACAGAAUAUUUUAUAGCUCGUAGAUUCUUAGUCUACAAUGACCAGAAUGUGAUUAUUCUGCAAUAAAAUAUACACGGAAACUGAAAAUUAUGAUAGCUAAAUCUGUGGGAGAUCUUUGGCAUCCUGAGAUAAUUUUCCGGUUAUAACUUCACUGACAGUGGUGUACAAUAACUAGACCUUAAUAAGAACUUCGCAAUGAACACGCUUAUAAAGGUUUCCUGUACAUUUGUGGUUCUUCUCACGCUGACGAAAGGAGUGCUUUUGCUGACAUGUCAGUUUUCUAACUUUAGUGAAAGCCUGAGUAAAGAAGAAAAUAGUUCUAUCAAUAUCAACUACACCAUCAACGUUACGGCAAGUCCUGAUGUUACAGACACUUUUUACGCUGACUAUCAGGUUUGUGAAGGAAACUCUUUGAGUAAUCCAUGUAUAUUUGCUUACAAAAGAGACUUUAUCAGCGAGAACUUGAGUCAAGAGAAAGGAGUCACCUGCUACUGGGAGCAACGACACGUGAGCAGCUCUGUGGUGGCUUUAGACAUCUACAUCUCUCAGGUCGUCACCAGGUCACUGAGUGCGAUGAUAGUCUCCACUGGCAGAGGUGAACUUCCCAAACCUACCCGACUGAUACGUGUUGAGGUGUUGUACCCACCCAAUGUCAAGAAUCUGACUGUGGACGGGCGCGAUAAUGUCAUCAUCGAUGAGGGCCAGGUGGUCAAUGUUUCCUGCUUAUUUGAGAAGGGCAAUCCCCCAGGUGUCUUCUAUUUGCUGGAUAAACAUGGAGAUAAUCUGAAUGCCUCUAGUUCUGAAGGACAACUUAGCUACUCUCUUACUGCCCGGUGUGAAGAUGACUGGCCAGUCGUCAGGUGUGAAGGCAACGGGUCGCAACAUAAUAUGUCCGUGACAAUCCUCGUCAAGUGUCGUCCUCAGUUUGUUGACAAGUCAACGAAAACUGUUGAUCCUGGAGUUGACACUGUAAAGUUUGGUGUCAAGGCUCACACCACAGCAGUCAAUAGAUGCCUCUUGACAUCUCUCACUUUACAACAUAACAACACGAAGGAAGUGAACUGCAUCCUUACUGGGGAUCCACCUGACCUAGUCCUGAGUCUUCAGCUCGAGAGAGAUGACAGUUUCCAUGGAAACUGGACAUUGACACUAAGCAAUGACUGGGGUUCUUCCAACACAACUGUCAUUGUAUCAGAUAAGUCAACGCUAGAGCAAUCGCCAGCAUUAACUUCAGAGAAGACAAUAAACAUCAUACUCGUGUGCGGCAUUGUGGCUGCUGUUGUUUUGAUCACUGUUGCUGGUUCUCUUGCAAUUAAAAAGGUCACAGAGAAGAGAUAUGGAUCAGUGGAGACAAAUAGACAUACAGUUGGAAACGAUAGAUCAAAUGAAAAUCGACGAGGAAGUUGUUCAAGUAUGAUUGUCAAUGAUGUGUAUGAAACGAGUGGAGCUGUUAACAACAACAACCACGCCAUCCACACGAGCAGUCCUCAUACACGAGACCCUCUUUCUCCACUGACCAUGUCGGAGAUGCCAGCUCGCCCUCCACGCUCACAGCACGCGCAGACACGAGUCACUGCUGCUGAUGUUCAUAAUAUUUCUCGUAACGCAUCAUUGGGAGCAGAAGAGAAUACCUACGUGUCUGCACCUGAGGUUCGAGAGAAAAAACGAUUGAAAAAACAAGUUGGAGCUGAUGACUCACAAGGCGACACCUAUGUUUCGGCAAGAGACGUUCGCAAAGAAAAGAAGAGAGCAAAAAAAGAAUGCAAGGCACCUCUUGCCAAAGUCAGCGAUGAAGCCCAAACAACGAUGUCAGUGGAGAAGCCAUCCGGAAGUAGAAACGCUGAUGGACUAAUUUACGGAGACCUAGACUUUACAACCACAAGUUCUCCCAAGGACAUCAUCGGCUCCACAACAAAAACUGAAUACGCCGACAUCAAAGAUACCGCCAUCGUCCCCCCGCCCCGAAGCUACCAACAGAAAAUAAACAGACCAAAGAAAGAGUAAAGGAGCAAACAGGAACUACAAGAUUAAACACAAGUUCAGUGUAGAGUGGGCUUCUUGUAUUCGGAUCCUGUGUAGGACAAGUUGUCCUCUAUCUACAAGAAGCAGCUGUGUGGUGGGCUGACUGCCAGGCCCUGCUACAUCCUUGCCUCUAAAGAUUCACACAGUGGCCAUCAUUGAGCCUUGUGCUGAUAAAAUUCAUACAAGUCUCUUGUGUACAUAUAUCCAGUAGCUGGUGGUCUGAAUUUCUUAUCGUUUUCUCCCCUCUUCAACGUUUGUUAAGCUAUAAAAUGCGUUGAUUUAUUAUUAUUGUAUAGAUGCAUAUGUAAGUCAAAAGGGAACAAGCAGAAUGAAAUGUGUUGCUUGGCUGGACGUACUUGUUGAUCGCAGCUCCCUGUGAAUAAAGAUACAGGGUUUAGAAUUCUUUUUGAAACAUCAAAUCACAUUAAAGCA